UCUUGGUGUCCUGGGGAUGGACCUGAUGUCAGCAUGUGGAGAUACAGACAAACCAGAUGUCACAAAGAGUCUAGAUGAACUCUAUUGCACAUGGAACAACCUGAGCAAACUGUGGAACGAAUGUUACAAGAAGCUGGAGGAGGCCUUGCAGAUGGCUUUACACUAUCAAGACACUAUGCAGGGUCUUUUUGAGUGGUUGAAGUCAGCUGAGCUGAAGUCUACUGAAGAGUUCAUGGUAGGAACUGACCUGGAAUCAGUCAAAGAGCAGCUACGUGAUCUCAAGGGAUUUAAGCGAGAACUUUACCAAAAGAAGAUUGAGAUAGAAAGCUUGAACCAUCGUUUUGUGUGCCGGCUCUCUCCUGGCUCGGAGCGUCCAGGCUCAGUCUCACCGCUGUGUGACUUCAGACUGCGCUGGGACAGCCUGGAGUCAGAGACUGUCAGCAGACAGCAUCAGUUGGAGUGUGCUCUGCUAGGUCUGGGUCAGUUCCAAAACACACUGGAUGAGCUGCACACAUGGCUCGCCCGGACCGCUGAACAAUUGCAGGGCAACCAGCCAAUCAGCAUCGACCUGCAGGCCUGUGAAAUAGAGCUGGCUAAACACAAGGUCUUGCAUAAUGAUGUUAUGUCCCAUGUCCGCACGAUGGAGUCCCUGAACCAGGCAGGCAGGGGACUGCUGGAGGUUGGGUCUGGGGACAGCCCACAUGGUCUACAGUCUCAACUGGAGCAACUCAAUGAAAGCUGGGAGUUUGUCCGCUGUGAGACAGAACGCAGGCAGCUGGAAUUAGAAAACAGACUCAGUCAGGUGCAAGAUGUUACAAUGGAGAUUCAGGACCUUCUACAGUGGCUUGAGAACACAGACCUGAGACUGUCCUCCUUCAAAACCAUGUGGGGUAUGCCAGACUCUGCUGCUGAAAGGCUCAACGCACACUUGGAAUUGUGCAACGAGAUGGAGUCAAAGCUCCACGCCUACACAGAUGUGAAGAAUGCCAUACAUAGGAUGCUGGAAAGAAGCAAUGUUAUGCGAGGCUCGAGCACUGAACACAGCAUGUCUAUUCUUGAACAGAAAUGGGCGUCUGUUUACAGCAAAGUACAGGAACGAAAGGCAAAGCUUACCAAAGGAUUGAGUCUGGCCAAGGAGUUCCACAGCAAUGUCCAGGAACUUCUCACUAAGAUGACCAAGUGUGAGGAGUCAAUUGGACUUCUUCCUGCUCCCAGCUUUGUUCUGGACACAGUUUGUACUCAGCUGCAGGAUCACAGAACACUGGUGAAUGAGGUGAACUUUUACGGUGAGAAGAAGAUAACAGUGGAGAAUGCAGGCUGCAGACUAACAGAAAUGAGCAGGAAAGAAGACUGCGAUGUCAUUCAUAACCUAAUCAUGACGGUCCAGGAUCGCUACAAAAAGUUACAACAACGCACUUCAGAAAGAGGCAGAAUGCUAGAGGAGGUCAAAAAGAAUGCCAAGCAGUUCAAUGAAUCUUGGCGCCUACUAGUGGACUGGAUGACAGAGGUGGAACAAACAUUAGACACACAUAAAGAGAUUGCAGUGACCCAUGAGGAGAUUAAACAACAACUGAAUGAACAGAAGGAGUUCCAAAAACUGCUGAGAUCAAAGAGGCCCAUGUACGAGGCCACGCUGAAGAGUGGCCGCAGCCUUCAUGAAAGAGCUCAAACCAGCCAUGAUAGACAGCAUGUGGAAAACCUCCUGGCUGAACUCAAAGACACUUGGGACACUAUCAGUGGCAAGUCUAUGGAGAGACAACAUAAGCUGGAGGAAGCACUGCUGUUCUCAGGCAGAUUCACUGAUGCUCUCCAGGCCCUGAAUGACUGGUUGUAUAGAGCAGAGCCACAGCUAGCUGAGGAUGUUCCUGUCAGUGGAGACAAGGAUAUGGUCAAUAAUCUUAUUGACAAACAUAAGGCAUUCCAAAAGGAGUUGGGGAAGCGAGCUGGGUGCAUUAGGACCCUGAAGCGUUCUGUGAGGGAUCUGACCAGGAGCAGCACAGCUGAUGCUCACUGGCUGCAGGAACAGAUGGAUGAAUUGGAGGGCCGCUGGGAGGCUGUGUGCAAGCUGUCAGUCAGCAAACAGGACAGGCUGGAGGUUGCACUUCAGCAGGCUGAGAAGUUUGAUGGCCUUGUCCACUCCUUCAUGGAGCGCCUCACUGAGGCAGAGAGAGUACUGAAAUAUGGGGUGAUACCGGACGAUGAGGGGAGUUUACUUGCUUUUCGCAAACAACACGAGGAGUCAAUGGCUGCCUUGCAGGCUCAGGUGGUGGAGUUACAGAACAUCCGAAGUCUGGGUGAAGAGAUCCUGGCCUGCUGUCACCCAGAUUCCAUAAUCACCCUCAAAUCUUGGAUGAGUGUCACCAAGACCCGCUACGAGGAGGUUCAGACAUGGGCCCAGCAGCAGGGCCAAAAGAUCCAGAACAGCUUGUCAGCAUUGGAAGCGGAGAGAGAGGAAGUCCAGAGGCUGUUGGACUGGAUCUCGUCUGCAGAGGAAGCCCUCACCCUCAGAGACCAAGAGCCACUACCUGAGACCAUGGAGCAGAACCAAGAACUCAUUGAGCAGCACAGGGUAUUCAUGGAGGAGUUGAAUAAAAAGUUCCCAGAGGUGGAACAUGCUACCAAGUCCUGCAAACACAAGAGCAUUUCUAAACAGCACAUAUCCCCAAGCAAACGGCCUCUCACAAAGAGGAGAAGCACUCUGAAGCUACAGCCUGCAGCAGCACCGGUUCCCCUGGAGCAUCUCGACCCCCAGACCCCACAACUCAGUCAGCUGGUCAGUCGCUGGCAGAAACUUUGGCUGCUGGCUGUGUCUCGACAAAGCCGUCUGGAACAACACCAGCAAACACUCAAAGAGAUGGAAGAAUUUGCAAACUUCGACUUCAAUAUGUGGCGAAAACGAUACAUUCAGUGGAUCAGUCACUUGAAGUCUCGGAUCUUAGAUGUGUUCCGCAGCAUCGACCGCGACCAGGAUGGACGAAUCAGCCAGAAGGAGUUUGCUGACUACGUCCUCGCUUCUAAAUUUCCCACCAACUCUCUAGAGAUGAAUGCGGUGGCAAACAUCUUUGACAUGAAUAGCGAUGGCUUCAUUGACUAUUAUGAGUUUGUGAGUGCGCUCCACCCAAGCAGAGAUCCCUACAGGAAAACACUGGACGCAGAUCAAAUCAAUGAAGAGGUGAGUCGACAGGUAUCUCAGUGCAACUGUCCUAAGAGGUUCCAAGUGGAGCAAAUAAGUGCCAAUAGAUACAGGUUUUUUCUGCAGUUUGGAGAUUCACAACAGCUGCGGAUGGUUCGGAUCCUGCGGAGCACGCUGAUGGUCAGAGUGGGAGGAGGCUGGACUGCUUUAGAUGAGUUCCUGGUCAAAAAUGAUCCCUGCAGAGUAAAAGGUCGGACCAACCUGAAGAUCAAGGAGAAGUACUUGUCUCCAGCAGGAAGUACCUCCAAGGGUUUGACUGUCAGCAGAUCUAACUCAAGCCUCAGCCUGUACAGCAGUGCCUCUGCCCCUACCAGCCCCAUGACCCGCAAGGCAUUACUCCGCAGGAGUUUCUCAGGUGACCGCUGCAUUCGUCCAAGGAGCUCCAUAGCUGCUUUGGGAUCUGAUCUACAGUUUGUGACAACAGGGGAGGGCAACUCCCCCUCACCAUCAGACGAAGCUGAGAGGUUACCCACAUGA